AUGGAUACGCCAUCGUCGACCCGUCGGUGUCUUCCACGAUUGGUUGUGUCUCUCCAUCUUCUAUGGGCGGGCCCCUACGCUCGUUACCAAGCUUUCACGAGAGUUCGAAGUUCAAAUAAUACGGAAGCUUUGUUUAUCGAUUUCUUACGUUCCUUCGAAGAAGAAGUUCACAAUCCCAUUACCUUCAGUGAACCAAAUAAACGAGGAUUGAUGAAGGGGCAGAAUUUAUUUUUAUACGAGUUCUUUAAACUCUCGGUAGCACCUCCGAAUCCUACGGGCAGGCAGGUGAGGCAUGCGUCUUUGAAGGUAUUGUUAAAUGGUUCUAUUACAAUUGUCUCCAAUUUUUGA